AUGGCUGUAAUUGAUGCAUGUGCUAAAGGGGAUUUGGGCCGCUUUAUAAACCAUAGUUGUGACCCUAACUGCCGGACAGAAAAGUUUAAUCAUGUUAACAAAUUACAUGCAUUCCCCUCCUAUGGGGUGUGGCUUUCACCUUCCCCACUUCCUCCCCAGUUUAUCAUUUACAUUUAUGUUGUUUUAGGUUUGAAAGCACACGGUGAUAGAGAGAUUGACAAAGAGAUAAGCUUGAAGUGUGCUAACACUAGGAAGUAUAAACGUAUUGUCGUAAAGGGUCAUAUAAUAAUGAAUGGUAUGGACAUGACAUAUAAGAAGUGGGUAUGGCAUGGUGAAGGGCAGACAUCAUCUCUAUCAACACAUGAUACUAAUCGGGUUGGACAAGGGGAUACGAGAUGUAGUGUUGAGGAACCAAUAGAUAUGAUUCACGAUGCGUAUGAUGUCUAUGAAAAUAACCCAACCCAUUUUCAGACGUUGCUUGAAGACGCUGAAAAACCUCUAUAUCCUGGUUGUAGUCAAUUUACCAAGCUAUCUGCCACUAUUAAAUUGUACAAUUUGAAGGCGAAACAUGGUUGGAGUGAUAGUAGUUUCAAUGAUCUAUUGAAAUUGGUAAAAGAAAUGCUCCCUGAAACCAAUUCCAUGCCUUUUUCUUUGUACGAUGCAAAGAAAACCUUAAGCACCCUAGGGUUAGAUUAUGACAAGAUUCAUGCCUGCCCCAACGAUUGUAUUUUAUAUCGGAAGGAGUAUUUAGAUUCAAGUGAUUGCCCUACAUGUGGGAUGUCAAGAUGGAAGGUGAAUAAGAAAGGUAAGGCUAUGCCUGGAGUGCCGUCAAAAGUUCUGUGGUAUUUUCCUCCAAUACCAAGAUUCAGAAGAAUGUUUCGUACUCGGGAAAUUGCGAAAGAGCUAGUUUGGCAUGCAGAUGAAAGAAAGCGUGACGGUAAGUUGCGUCAUCCAGCUGAUGCACCGGCUUGGAGAUUAGUAGACAACAAAUGGCCCGAUUUCGGCAACGAACCCAGAAAUCUUAGAUUAGCUUUAGCAACAGAUGGUAUGAAUCCACACAAUAUGAUGAAUUCUAACUAUAGUUGUUGGCCUGUUGUACUUGUCACGUACAACCUUCCUCCGUGGUUAUGCAUGAAGAGAAGAUUUAUGAUGCUAACUCUAUUGAUUUCUGGUCCCAAGCAACCCGGGAAUGAUAUUGAUGUAUACUUGGCACCCCUAAUUGAUGACUUGAAAGAGUUAUGGGAGAUAGGCAUCCAAGCAUAUGACGCACAUCGUUCUCAAAGCUUCACACUUAGAUCGGUUCUAUUAUGGACAAUCAAUGAUUUUCCUGCCUAUGGAAACUUGUCUGGGUGUUCUGUUAAAGGGUAUAAAGCAUGCCCGAUUUGUGCAGAUCAAACUCAUUCUAAAUGGCUACCGUACAGUAGAAAAGUAUCUUAUACAGGACACCGACAAUUUUUACCUGAAUCCCAUCCAUACCGAAGGCAGAAGAAAGCGUUUGACGGCGUACAAGAGUUGCGGGCUGCCCCAAAACCUCUAAGUGGCACAGAAGUUUUUGAAAGAAUGCAAGCAUGCAAUUGUGUGUGGGGAAAAACAAAGGGCAGAAAAAUAUCAGAUGAAGUGAAUUCUAAGAAGAGAAAGAAAAAGGAUAAAAAAGAGCAAAAUGAGACAAAAGAGUCAGUUGGUCCUUCCGUAGGCAACUCAUGUUUCAAGAAAAAGUCAAUUUUCUAUGAGUUAGAGUAUUGGCAAUAUUUACAUGUUCGUCACAUACUCGAUGUGAUGCACAUUGAAAAAAAUGUUCUAGAAAGUCUAAUCGGUACAUUGUUGGAUAUUCCUGGGAAAACGAAGGAUGGAGUUGCUGCGAGAAUGGAUUUGGUACACAUGUGUGUGAGAAAUGAGUUAGCACCAACUGUGGUUGGGAAGAAGACAUGUUUGCCGCCUGCAUGUUAUACACUUACUAAAGAGGAGAAGCGCAAAGUCUGUACUUCAUUUCUUGGAAUGAAGUUUCCCGAUGGAUAUUCUUCAAACAUUAGUAAGCUCGUAUCCAUGAAGGAUCUGAAACUUAGUGGAUUAAAAUCACAUGAUUGCCAUGUAUUGAUGCAGCAAUUGCUUCCAAUAGCUAUUCGUGGUGUUUUGCCUAAGCAUGUGAGGAUUGCCAUUACUAGGUUGUGUCACUUUUUCAAUGAUAUAUGCAAUAAAGAGAUAGAUGUGCCUAGGUUGGAAGUAAUUCAAAAAGACAUAGUGACAACUUUGUGCCUGCUUGAGAAAUACUUCACACCUUCAUUUUUUGACAUCAUGGUACAUUUAACUGUACAUCUUGUGCGUGAAGUUAAAUUGUGUGGUCCGGUGUGGUAUAGAUGGAUGUAUCCUUUUGAGAGAUACAUGAAAAUUUUGAAGGGGUAUGUACGCAAUCGUCAUCGACCAGAAGGGUGUAUUGCCGAGUCAUAUAUUGUAGAAGAGGCUGUUGAAUAUUGCUCGGAAUACUUAGCCAAUACAUACACUAUAGGGAUCCCAUCUUCUAAUCUGAAGGACAACCUGACAGAGUCUUCAUCAAGAGCUACAGUAAAAGUAAUCAGUGAUGAAGAAUGGGAGCAAGCUCAUCGUUAUGUGCUAACAAACGAUGCCGAUAUUGAUCCCUAUAUUGAGGCUCACAUGGCACAUUUGACAACAAUGUUUCCUAAGAAAGCUAAGAUAAAGAAAUGGCUUCAAGAGGAACACAAUAGGCUUUUUAUUACUUGGAUGCGUGAGCAAGUUGCAAAUUCCUCUAUCGACUCUAGAUUGAGAUUUCUAUCUUUUGGGCCUAGCAAACGUGUAACACAAUAUGCUAGUUACACUAUUGAUGGUUUUGUUUUUAAUACAAAAAACCGUGAUGAUUUUAGAGUGGCUCAAAAUUCUGGAGUUAGCAUACAUGCAAGUGUUAUGCAAGUUGCUAGUUCGAAAGAUAAAAAUCCAAUUGUUUGUGACAUGUUAUUUUAUGGAAGAAUUGAGGAAAUAUGGGAGCUUGAUUACACUGCAUUCCGUGUUGUAGUAUUUAAGUGUAGUUGGGUAGACAACAAAAGUGGCGUAAGAGUGGAUGAUUCUGGCUUUACCUUAGUGAAUUUGAAUAAAUUAGGGUACAAGACAGAUUCAUUUAUAUUGGGUAAUCAAGCUAAACAAGUGUUCUACAUUCAAGAUCCUGAGGAUGAAGCAUGGUCUGUAGUUCUUGCUAGUCCCAACAAACGAUACACUGAAGAAGUCAAUCGUGAUAAUAUGGGAGACAUUUCUGUCCAACUCCAAGGUUUUUCAAGCACAGUGCCUGUAGUUGAUUCAAACAAUGCGUCAGAUGAAAAUGAACCACCAUGUGUGCGUGAAGACUGUGAUGUUAUUUGGGUUGACAAUGCUAAUAUGUAG